AUGACGCUUUUGUGUGAUCACCAUGUCUAUUCAAGUCCUAAUGCACGUCGUUGUGUUAUUGCUUGCUGCGAAACACCCCGUGAACGUGCUCACGAACCUACUCACCUCUCACCUCCGCAAGUGCAACGUUUAAUCAGUGAUCUAAUACUAGAACUUUCUCGCGUCAAACACGCACCGCUGCUCGCUGAAGAUGAUCCUGUUUGCAGCGAUGACGAUUAUAUAGCAUGGACGGGUUGGAAUGUCGAUCAACUUAGAAACGGCUAUGUUUUGGAUCUUCUUGGACCAUUCUAUGGGAAAGACAAUGACGCAUCGAUCUCGAAAGUAAUGUGAAUAUAUUCAUAUGAUUGUCUCAGCGAGUCAAAUUUUCUGAGAAGCGAGAAGCCAAGGGAUGCAUUCGAUAAAAUGCCAUCGGAUAGAUAGUUCUCUACACAAAGAAGCAGACUUCCCAGGUCGAAGAAAAUGACCUUAAAUAGAAUCAUUGAAUGCUCAUCUGAUGAUCGUGAAUGACGUAUAAAUGAAUCAUAUUUAGAUCAUUUAUGAUCAUAACUAGCUCAUUUUAAGGUUAUUUAUUGUCACAUAUCUGGCACAUAAUAAGGUCAUUUUUUGAUGAGCUAAUUAUGACCUUAAAAUGGCCAU